AUGUCUCUUUCGGAUCUAUCGAAAUUCGAGAAUGCACCUAAAGAGCUUUCCAAAGUUGCGAAAGAUGUUGAAUUAACGCCUACAAAGAAUCCAUUUUCGAAUGCCCCCAUUUCUGUUACCAAAGAGUUCGGGCGUCUUUCGCUCUAUCACGCCCUCCUUUCCCAAUCCUCCCGCCUGCGCUUAAUCAACAUCCAACCAGCACAAAUACAAACCCUAAUAAAGUCCAAUUUCCACAAAUAUAAGCACUUGCAAAGCCCAAGCCAGAUCGUUAACUCCUUGAAGGCGGGCUACGAAGCAUUGGAUUUACUACAUUCAUGCAACCAAGGAAAUACAGAUAGCAUUGACCGUCUUGGGCGCAUUAUUCAGCGCACCAUUGAUCUCAAAAAGGAAAUCCACAAAAGCCGCGAAGUCCAAGCUGCCAACCACCGCCCCGAGAACCGCAACACCCACGCUCUUAGGAAAAGGGCAGAAGGCCGAGCAAGGAGACGUCCGGAAGCGCUCCGUCCGCACCCGGAUACAGAACCUAUCUUGUCCCGCCCAAGGCUACAUAUCAAUGGGCCCCGCCACGUUCCCGUGCUUGUCGAUGCCCGGGGUAUUCCUUUCCUUCGAAUCAAGAAGCCACAGCCCCCGAAUUUGAGCCGUACAAUCAGGAGCAAGUUAGAUGCACGAUGGAAAAAGAUACUUCGUCAACAGAAGUUGGAGGAUGACGUUUACCUCGCACAGCAGGAGGAUGCGUGGGAUCGUAUGCUUGGCCAGCAAGAUGAGGCUCGUUGGACUUCAAUCGUUAGCGGGUACCUCGAUUACACUAUCAGAGCAAUACAACAUGAGGACCGAAAGAGCAAAGAACUUGUGCAGAAAAUGUGGGAGAUUGUGCUGAAGGAGCGUGAGCUUGCGGAGAAGGAAAGAGAGGAAAUAAGGAUGCAGCGACUAGCGCAGGCUGAAUCUCUCAAUACAGACCAGGCAGGGGCCAUGCGAUAG